UCGGUCCCCCGUCCCGCAGGGGCCGAGAGUGAAGGUCUCUCCUUCGUCCGCAGGCACCAUGCUGGCCGCGCCGGAUGGCGGCCUCUCCCUGACCAUCGCCCAGAUCGUGGAGAGGCUGAAGGGCUCCGGACUUCACGCCCAGCUGGAGCGACAGGCUCGGCUCAGUUUACACAACCCAGAGAUUAAGCUACAAUCCUUAAAGGAAGAUAUCAAGGAAUUUCUGAAGACAUCAGGAUGGGAAAAGAAGCUGCAAAAUGCUGUUUAUAGAGAAAUCAGUAUGGUGGAUUCAGAUAUUGCAUCGUCAUGGACUGUUAAAUCAAGAUUUAUUAAGAGUAGGUUUCCUUUACCUUGUCCUCCAUCAGUGCCCCCUGAACACAUGAAAGAAUCUUUGGCUUACAUGAGGAAAGCUCAGGGAAACUGGGAAAAACGUAUUUUGAAGAGUCUAAACAGUAUGUGUACAGAACUUGGCAUUCCAUUAUCACAGAAGAGAUCACCAAAUGAGCAAAAAGAACUUUUGAAUAAAUGGAAUGAAAUGGGAACAGAUGAACCAGAUCUAAGUCACUUCAGGCCUGUUUAUGCACCUAAAGAUUUUCUUGAGGUGCUGAUGAACCUUCGCAAUCCAAAUUAUGACACCAGUGAGCAAUCUAAUUUUAGAAAUCACUUGGGACUAAUUCAGGUCCCACUGAACGUGAAAGAUAUACCUGAACUGAAGGAAUAUUUUAGUGAAUUAGACCUGAACAUUGGUCAGAUGGAUAUUGAUGAUUCUGCACAUGUGCCUCCAGAACUCUUUGAAAAUGAGCAUGUACGAAUUGGUCAAAAAGUUCUGAUGGAGCAGGACAGCGCAGCAGCUCAACAGUAUGUGCGACAAGGCUGUCCAAAUUCAUUAAGAGCAGAGCUGUGGGCACUGAUUCUGAAUAUUUCUAGCCAGCCAGAGGAUAUCUUGUACUAUGAACAACUGAAGUCUAAUGUGAUCCAGCAUGAUCUUUUGGUGGACAGUCUGAUUUAUAAAGAUGUGAAACUGACAGCCAGCAAUGAUGACUACUACUUUGUGUUUGAGGAUUAUUUAUAUCAGGUAUUACUUUGUUUUUCUCGGGACACGUCAGUGUUGGAACACUUUGUGUACAAUAGUGCUACCCCACCCAAAUCAUACAUUCGAGGGAAACUUGGAAUGGAACAAUAUGCUGUCUUUUAUCCACCAAAUGGUGUCAUUCCUUUCCAUGGCUUUUCAAUGUAUGUUGCUCCACUUUGUUUUCUGUACAAUGAGCCCUCCAAGCUGUAUCAGAUAUUUCGUGAAAUAUAUGUGCGUUAUUUCUUCAGACUUCAUUCUAUCUCUUCUCACUCUUCUGGGAUUGUAUCACUAUGUUUGCUGUUUGAGAGUCUUCUUCAAACUCAUCUCCCACAGCUGUUUUAUCAUCUUCGAGAAAUUGGAGCACAGCCGCUAAGAAUAUCAUUUAAAUGGAUGGUGCGAGCAUUCUCUGGAUACUUGGCUACAGAUCAGCUGCUUCUUUUGUGGGACAGAAUUCUGGGAUACAACUCUCUGGAAAUUCUUGCUGUGCUGGCAGCUGCUGUGUUUGCUUUCCGAGCAGGGAAUCUAAUGGAGGUGACAUCACUAGCCGCAGCUGAAGCUGUCCUUGCUGAUCUUUCGACUCUGAAAGUUAUGCCUCUUCUUCAGAUUUUUCUCUUCGCCACUGGCUCUUGAUACUUUCCACAGACACAGGGCUGCACUGCUAGAUUUCAACAGAUGCUAAUAAUAAGCUAUGCAACACUUUCACCCAACUAAAGAUUUAAUAAUUAUGUUUUUGCAAAGAACUAAAUAUGCAGUUCUUACCUGGAAGCCCCUCCAAAGGCUGUUGCAUAUCACUUUAUCACUGCUGCUUGCUGUUGUAUUUUAGUCAAACUGCAAUACCUGGAUGUAAUGCAAAUAAAAAAAAAAAGUUUCCUUUAAUGCAUGCAGUAUUAAGUGCAGGAAGAAGGGGAGAAAACCCAUUAACUCUAAAUCUCAGUGCUGCCUUUCUGCCAUAAAGGUGGAAAGGAUUUUUUUCAGUAAUUAUAAUGUCAUCCAAUCAAAUAAUAUUUCUUAUAGUUCAUCCUGCAAUACUUGAAGAAAAGUAUUUAAAAUAUUUAACUUUUAAAAAUCUAAUUACUAUGAAAAAUUGUAGCAAUACUUCCCUCUCCUACCUUCCAUAUUAUUUUUAGUGAACUAAGCUGUUUGUUUUAGUCAAACUAGAGGCUCAUGCAUUUUCAGAGAAUUCCAGACAACGUGAUAAAGGCAUUAUGUAUUUUAUAAGUAAAAUACAUAAAUAAAGAUCAAGGAUCAAGAGGUUUUAUAUAUUUUUUUGUAAGCUUAAAAAUCAGCAAAACCUAUUUUAUUUUUGGAAAUGAAAUUACAUUAAAGAGAGCUGGGAAAAUGCCAUAUCACGUAUCUUCCAUUCUCUAAAAGCAGUUUAUGUUCUUUGGUCCUUAUCUGGGUAUCCUCAUACUUUCUCAUAGAUUUUCUCCGAUUCUGCUAUGAAAAGACACAUUUGUCCGGGCACCAGCUUUUUCCAGAAUCUGUUGAAGCCUGUCUAUGCAGGA